AUGGAUUUGCAUUCGGGUUUUCCAUUUUCACACACCUCCAAAUUCGUGGACUUGUUGAACAGUCAACAUGAUAAUGAAGCUUCGGAUCAUGUUCUCGUGUUCAGUACUCAGUGUACUCAGCCUUCACAGAUUGGUGAUACGAAUGGGACUUCUGGAAGGAAGUCUUGGUCACCGUACGAGGAUGUUCUCCUCAUCAGCUCAUGGCUGAACACCUCAAAAGACCCUAUUGUGGGCAAUGAUCAACGUUCAAGAGCCUUUUGGAAGCGGAUUGCUUCAUACUAUGCAAAUAGUUUGAAGCCAGGAUGUGAACCACACAGUGCAAGACAGUGUAAGCAAAGGUGGCACAAAAUGAAUGACCUCGUUUGCAAGUUCUGUGGCGCGUAUGAGACGGAUUCAAGAGAUACAACGAGUGGGCAGAAUGACAACGACAUGCUGAAGGUGGCGCACCAGAUAUUCUUCAGCGAUCAGAAGAAGUUUAACUUGGAGCAUGCAUGGAACGAGUUGAAGAACGACCAAAAAUGGGCUGAGCUUUCCACAACCAAAACUGAUGCAAACUCUAAAAAAAGAAGGGCAGAGGAGAGUUCACAGUCGCCAACUGGGAAUGCAGAAGACGAUCAAAGAAGUGCAGAGGAUGGUCAAGCAAACACACAGCCACCUGGUGUCAAGGCUGCGAAGGCAAAAGGGAAGAAGGUCACAGCAGAGGCCAACAAAGCCAUGAUGACUGAGUUCGAGAGGAUGUGGGCCUGCAAGGAAAAAGAACUUGCCAUGAAACGAGAUGUGGCAAAAAUGGGGCUUCUUGACUUUCUAAUGAAGAAGGAAACGUUAAACAAAAGGGAAGAAGGCCUGAAGCAGAAACUACUCACAGAUUUGAUGUCCACUUAG